UCAGCUUUGUUAAUCAUUGUCAACUAUACGAUGCUUGUCUUUGAAGAGGAAGACUCAAGGAACUGUGCGACUUUGGGAUAUCGCGGAGGUGUUCCUAAUUGGGAAACCGCGCGGGUGGUGUGCGGUAAAACGAAUUUUGCCGCCUGCCACACGAAAAGCUCAGCGCGAGGACUACUGGGGACUUUCAUCCGCCGUCGCAGGAAAGAGUGAUGAGGCCAGGAGUGAUACUUCAGGGACUCCACACGCUGCAUCGGUCUAGGUCGAGCGCCCCAUUCUCUGUCCUGGGGCGGAAUAACGUGCUUCUGCCGAACGGCCGACCUCACGAGAUCAAUCUGUCAACUACGCGCAUUUCCGAUGGUGUGACAGGCCGUGGAUCUAAUACAUUUGAAGACGAGCUCAUAAACCUCUGGUGAGAUAUUAAUUUUAUCACCGCCGUAAUGGGGCGCACUGCUUCGUGCAACCCAACAUUUC